AAUUAACACACAAUAAACAAUAAUGUACUAUAUAUUAUUGUUCGUAGUGUAUUUUUAUUGAUCUGAAAGUGGCAAAGAUUUUUUAAUGUUUUAACUGAAUUAUAAUAGGAAACAGAAUAGAAAAUAUUUAACUAUGUUAAAGGCAAUGAAAUUAUAACGUUAUGUUUUCUCUAAUUCAGAUAUUUCUUAUAAAAAAAAAACAUAUUUUCUUUCAGGAAGACGAAACACCUUUGCACUGUGCUGCAGCCAGGGGUCACACCGAAAGUGUCAAAUGUUUGUUGGAAGCCGGAGCUGAUCCCGAUUUACUCGAUAAACACGGAUGUACUGCUCUCCACUUAGCGAUGAGACGGCAUCACAUUCAAGUCGCCAUGUUACUCUUACAUUCCGGAUGUCAAAUAGAUGUUAUAGAUAAUCACGGAGAAGCUCCUAUACAUAUUGUUUCUAGGGAAGGAUUACUGCAGCUCGCUCAAACUUUAUGCGCUUUCGGGUGUAAAGUUGAUGUGCCAAAUAAGGUGGGAUUGUAUCCGUUGCAUUUAGCUGCAAAAAAUGGCCAUACAGAAGUUGUACGAUGCCUAUGUUUAGCCGGCUGUAAUGUAGAUCAAAAAAACAGAGACGGAAUUCCCGCCGAAAUAACUGCUCUAGCUCAGGGAUACAGCGACAUAGGAGAUCUUCUCAAUCGGUUGAGAAAUGAGCAACUACGAGAAGAAUACAUAUCCCAGUUAAUACCCACAUCGCAACCUUUGUCCAGAAUAAAGUUGAAGGUGUUUGGCCAGAGCGGAGUGGGAAAAACAGUUAUUUUAGAAUCGCUAAAAUGUGGAUAUUUUAGCAGUUGGUUUAAACGUUCCAAAUCUCCUUCGACGUCGUCUCUCUCUCCUGUAACCACCAGGAGUAAAAGAGGUGAUCACGCCAGUAAAUCUAGUAUAGAACUGAACAGUUCAGAUUCGGAAGAUGUCUUGACUUUCAAAACUAAUCUAGAAUGUUACACGCAAGGAAUAGAUGUUCAACAAACAAAUAUUUCCGGUGUGGGAGAAAUAAGUCUCUGGGAGUUUUCCGGUCACGAACCUUAUCACAUGAUCUACGAUCAUUUCAUAGGAAACACUAAUUGUAUUCACGCCAUCGUCUUCAAACUUAACGAUCCCUACGAAGUUCAACUACAGCAGGUUCUAUUCUGGUUAGCUUUUUUACAAGCAAGAAUACCACCCAUCGAACCUUUAGGUCCUUGUGGUAAGAGUAACCGACCCGCCAAAGUCGUUUUGAUUGCAACUCACGCCGAUUUAGCGGGUUGCCAUAAACAUCCUUCUACCGGGGAAUAUGUUAGCAGCGAAGCUACCUCCAUCUUGCAAGUAGCUCAACAAAAAUUCCAGCACGUAUUUGAUUUACACGAUACCGUCUUUGUUAUGGACGCUCAUAUAGUUAGUUCUCCUUCCAUGAAAGCGCUAAAACAGUACAUGAGCAGUAAUAAAAGUAAAAUAAUACAGGGUCUCCCUAAACAUACCGGAUUCUUGGGUUCUAUGAUAUCACAUCUGCCUGUUUGGAGAAAAUCGUCGUCAGCUUUCCCGGUUCUGUCCUGGCAGCAGUUCAUCGAUAUGGUGCACCUUCAGAUAAAUCCUCUAGCAGGAGAGGAACAUAUGAAAGAAUUAAUACAACAGUUACAGUUAAUGGGGGAGGUACGUAAAAGCAAAUUAUUAUUGCAAUUUUCCACGUUUCUUUCUUCAUAUCUAUCGCAAAAGUCAAAAAACGUUUACUGAGAAAUCAAAACUCUUCAGAGUUUUCCAUCCUCAUCUUUUUCAUAUUUUAUUUCACUUACGUAUUAUUAAUAAUAAUCAGGUGAUUU